GCCAUGAGAGAGUACAAAGUGGUGGUGCUGGGCUCGGGCGGCGUGGGCAAGUCCGCGCUCACUGUGCAGUUCGUGACGGGCUCCUUCAUCGAGAAGUACGACCCGACCAUCGAGGACUUCUACCGCAAGGAGAUCGAGGUGGACUCCUCGCCGUCGGUGCUGGAGAUCCUGGACACGGCGGGCACCGAGCAGUUCGCGUCCAUGCGGGACCUGUACAUCAAGAACGGCCAGGGCUUCAUCCUCGUCUACAGCCUGGUCAACCAGCAGAGCUUCCAGGACAUCAAGCCCAUGCGGGACCAGAUCAUCCGCGUGAAGCGGUACGAGCGCGUGCCCAUGAUCCUGGUGGGGAACAAGGUGGACCUGGAGGGCGAGCGCGAGGUCUCCUACGGCGAGGGCAAGGCCCUGGCCGAGGAGUGGAGCUGCCCCUUCAUGGAGACGUCGGCCAAAAACAAAGCCUCGGUGGAUGAGCUGUUCGCCGAGAUCGUGCGGCAGAUGAACUACGCGGCGCAGCCCAACGGCGACGAGGGCUGCUGCUCGGCCUGCGUGAUCCUCUGAGGCGUCCGCGGCUGCCGGGCGCUGGCCGGGCUCUGUGCACAAAAGCCAAACUCAUCCGACUCUAAAUGUGAUUUCUGUUCAUGCUUUGAGGUUGGAGACGACUUUGCAUUGGUCGGGGUGUCCCGGGAGCCCUACUGGCUUCCGUGGCCAGCAUCCCCUGCCAUCUUCGUUGUCCGAAGGGGUUGUCCGGUCCUGACCAUCUGAGACCCUGGUAGAAAUGUGACUCUUUGCAACAUGUACGUUUUUCAUUGAUUUUUGGUUGACGCAUAUUUCCCCGUUUAAGUAGCCGUUAGGGCGUUGUAUUGGCAGCUUGACACCCGGCAAGCAAAAGUUUCAGCUUGGAAAAAAUGGGGGUUGGGAGGUGGGGGAAGGGGAAGGGAAGGUGGAAAGGGGAAAUCCCCCCUCCGUCUUUUGUUGUCAACAACUGUUUUCUAUUUCCAAGUUUUAAAUACAUGGAAGGAAGUACGGGAAAAGCAUAUGAAGGAGCAGGAGGAGAGGAAGAAACUUUUGUUGUUUUUCUUUAUUUUCCAGGAAUAGCUGGAAAUUAAAAUCGGGUUCCUUUUCUACCAGCUUGGAAGGGCCACCCUGUGACUGAUUGCGAUUCUGAGGAUGUCUAUGCAAAGUUGGAUUCUUGUUACAGUGUAUCCAAUCUGAAGUAUUGCACAUCUGAACUGGGACUGAUAACACUGAGGCCAAUACAGUGUGGGAUGCCAGAAAGUAUCUGCUGAUAUUUGUGGAAAAAAAAAAUCUAUUUUGUUUACCUACUGUAUCAAAAGGGAGUCUGGGGGAGAAUGGUAGUAUUUUUUUUUAUCAGCUGUGAAAAAAAAUGUUACAGAUCUGCACAUUUUUUGUGUGUGUACUAUUGUG